UGGAAUUUGAUAAACAUAGCCGUUACGAAAGUUCAUCAGAAAUUGGCAGACCGAAUCAAUUCGACCGUUACAUGCUCCCGUUCUUUAGAUAGGUUCCAAUCCAAGCCACAGCGAUCUCUUCCGCCCUUCUCGCCGUCAUUUCGUGGAACAUGAAGCAGGCAGUGAGCCUCGAGGAGCAGGUGCAGCAUCUACGAUCCAAAGCGACGGAGCUCCUACUUCGCGAAGACUGGGCCGAGUACAUCAACCUUUACUCCCACCUCAUCUCCCUCUGCCUCGCCGCCGGCGACGGCGCGGGCGCCGCUCUCCACAAGACCCUCUGCCUCGCGCAUUCCAACCGCGCCGAGGCCCGCUUCCGCACCAGAGACCUCGCUGGCGCGCUCCGGGACUGCGACCGCGCGCUCGAAUUCGACCCCGCCCACCUAAAGUCCCUCCUUCGUAAAGCCAGGGUUUUGCUCGACCUAGAUCGGUACGCGUCGGCGGGCGAUUGCCUCAAGCUCGCGAUCGCCUCUCACCCGGGGGACGAUGCCUCCAGAGAGCUUUUGGUUCGGUGCCGGAAUUUGGAGGCGCAGUCGAGAAGGGGUAGAAUCGAUGUUUCUAACUGGAUUUUGGGCGGAUUCGGCGACAAGUGCCCGGAUCUGGCAGAGUACGUCGGCCCGGUCGAGAUCCGGAGGUGCAGCAAUGGCGAAAGAGGGCUUUUUGCUACCAAAAACGUUGAGGCCGGGACGCCGUUGGUCGUGACUAGAGCCGUCGUAGCUGGAAGAGGGAUUCUUCCGGAAUCCGCCGGCGGACAUGGCGAUAGCGCUCGGAUGCUAUUGUGGAAGGACUUCGUCGAAAAGGUCCUCGACGUCGCCGAGAAAUGUAGCAGAACACUCAACUUGAUCUACCAAUUGUCUCCAGGGACGGAUCAAGGGGAUCUCGAAGUUCCCGACAUUGCGUUGUUCAAGCCAGAUGCGGUGGAGCAGCUUCUUGCUCUGCCUCCGGCGAGCAGGCCGGAUGUCGAUCGCAUCUUGAAGGUUUUGGACGUCAAUUGCCUGAGCGAGGAGGCGUUUUCCACCAAGAUUGAUGGAAAACAAAGCAACUACAUUGGGAUCGGGCUUUGGCUGCUACCCUCCUUCCUGAACCAUUCUUGCAGCCCGAGCGCGAGGAGGCAGCACAUCGGCGACCACGCGAUCGUCCACGCCGCCCGCGACUUGAGGGCGGGCGAGGAGGUGACCAUCGCCUACUUCGAUGUGCUCUCUCCGAUCGAUGACCGGAGGACGUCGUCGAGGAGGUGGGCGUUUGAGUGCCGUUGCGAAAGGUGCGAUUUUGAAGACUCCGCUCUGUUCGGGCCGAAGAUGAGGGAGAUGGAAGCGGCGAUGAAGGGAGGAGCAAGCAUGGAGGAAACAGUAAUGAGAUUGGAAGAGGGGAUGAGGAGAUGGGAGGUGAAGGGAAAGCAAAAAGGGUUCUUGAGGGCGUCAAUUUGGCCGGCUUACGCAAGCGUUUACGGGUCGGAGAGGCUGAUGAGGAGGUGCGGGAGGAAGAUUCCGGUGGCGGCGGUGGUCGCCGAGAGCGUGGCGGAGGCAGUGGGAGGGGAUGAGAGGGUGCUGAAGGCGGUGCUCGGGAGGAUGAAGAAAGGCUGCGGCGAUGUGGCAGAGAUGGAGAAGGCGAUGAGAUUGGGGAGAGCAACGUAUGGGAAGAUCAUGAAGAGAACAACCAUGAAAGCUUUGUUUCAACUGCCGCUGCUCAACAAUGGCGUCUAACUUUGGGAUUUUUGUUCCUUUUACUCCAUAAUUUUUUAAUAUUUCUGACCAUGAUUGUGAACGUGAACUUAACUCGGUUAAGAAAGUCUUAAGCAAUUUACUUAUCAAAGGAAGCUCUUAUAUA